AUGUUAUUGUGCUUUAAAUGUAAGAAAUCACCGGGUAUUAUCUCUAGUCGUGAUGGUGCCUCUAAGCCGUACUGCAGCAACUGUUUUCUCGAGUACUGUGCAAAAACAAUGCGGGAUAAUUUAUUUAAACACUGCGGAAUGCCGAGUGAAGAGCCGCUGGCCGUUGCGGUCUCUGGUGGGCACAGUUCAAUGGCAUUAUUACAUCAACUCGGUGUAUUGCGAAUGCAGAAUCGACUGCGGCACGGCGACGGUCAAGUGCACUUUACAUUCCUCCCACUGCAUCUACGCGAGGAUGAACUUGUGAUGAUUAUUCCACCGCCUCAUCUCUCUUCAUCUUCUUCUUUAUUAUUAUCAUCUAUUAAUAAUAAUAAUAAUAAUAAUAAUAAUAAUAGUGGAGAAGAGUGUGAGCAGCUGCGGUCUUUGGCGGCGGCAACUGCUGAGCAAUUCGAUAGAUUAGAGGAAAUGAUACGCAGUCAAUGUGUACAGUGGGAGUUCGCUGGUAUGCCGCUCUUCUCAGAAGAGGAAUUGUGUGUCGUGCGGUAUAGUGAUUAUAUGUCUACAAGAGAGUUGUUGUUAUUUCGUAGUCUUCUGCAUCAUCCACAUAUUCCCCUUUCAGACCGUGAGUUCUUAUAUUUAAAACUACGUCAACGCAUCCUCACAGUUGCAGCAGCGGACUGUAUUAAUCGUUGGCGGCAACAGAAACAAAAACAAGAAGAAGAAAAGGUAAAAGAUGGAACGAAUAAUAAUAAUAAUAAUAAUAAUAAUAAUAAUAAUAAUAAUAAUAAUAAUAGUAAUAAUAAUAGCAGUUCUAAGAGUAAUUGGUAUCAUCUCAUUACAGGUGAGAAUGCACUCCGUUGUUGUGUUACCGCAUUAGCAGAAACUAUUUGUGGAGCUGGUGAAAAUAUUAUUCAUCUCAGCAGUUAUCGUGGAUUAGUGGCCCAAUGUAUUUUAUUACGACCACUCCGUACAUUACUUCCACGUGAAGUUGUUCUUUAUUGUCAUUCCCAACAUAUUUGGAAUGGAUAUACACCAGCUUUACGUACACAUACCAAUCUACAUUCCAUCUAUCGAGUAGUGGAACUCUUUGUAUUAAAAAUGAUGUCUUCUUACCGUACGUGUGUAUUUAAUGUGUUGAAUACCGUGAUGAAACUGCAAAUCACGACAGUGCCUUCACUUGUGGAAGUGGAUUUACAACUUGGGAGUUCUAAACAACAAUGUAAACGGGUUAUUCCUGGUAAAAGUGCCCAACAUCACUUUGAACAGUUGAAAUUGAAAAAACCACCACGAUAUGCAUGGAGUGGGAAUAAUAAUCAUAAUCAUAAUAAUCAUAAUAAUAAUAAUAAUAAUUAUUAUUAUUAUUAUUAUUAUUAUUAUAUAUAUUCUACACCGCAGGAGAAUAGUGAACAGACACAUUCAUUGUGUCUUCUUUGUGGUUGUCUUAUUCCUAUAAAUGCGAAACACUCUGUAAAGCUGCAGUCAUCACUCUCAAAUGAAAAUCAUAAUCCUUCAUCUCAACAACAACAACAACAAUCAUCAUCAUUAUCAUCAUUAUCAUUUUCUGUUGAGAGUCGACGGUUUCUUUGCGAUGGGUGUUUACAGUUCCUCACAUCUAUGCCAGAUGAUAUCAUUACAGUUUCCCCAAACUCCACAGAAGAAAGUAGUGGAAAGAUGAGUGAUGAUUACAAUUUAACUGCUGUAAAUCAACAGGAAGUGGAAGUAAAAGAUAAUGGUGCAUUAAAUGUGUUUUCUUCUUUAGCCGUACGCAUGGAGUCAUUAAUGCGAGAAGCGGACACAUUGGCUUUAUCAGAAGAAGAAAAAGAUGUGAAUAGAAGAGAGACACGAGUGGUCCGACGUCGACUGGGUGUAGAAGAUGUGAAGAGUUAUCUUCUUAAUGAAGAUGAUAAUGAUAGUGAUAGUGAUAAUGUAAAGAAGGAAGGUGUUUGA